AUGCUCACGGGUAGGGACGUUUUUGUCCUGGAUCCUCACUCUGGAGAACCAAUCGGCCCAGGAGAAGCCAACACUGGUUUGGAACAAGGUUCAUCACUGAGCCCAUUGUUGUUUGAUAUUUAUACUGCUUCGGUUGCUGAGGAAGAUACAUUAAUAGUACAGUUUGCAGAUGAUUUUUGUGUAAUAUCGGCAGGAUGGGAUUUGCAGAGGAUAUGCGAGAGGGUCAACGGAACCUUGGAUAAUGUGUCUAGUUGGAUGAAUGAUAGAGGAUUACAACUAUCCCCCUCAAAAUCCAAAGUACUGGCAUUCCAUAAAGGCAAAACACUCCCACAACUGCCAAGGAUCCAAAUUUUUGACACCCAAGUCCCCUGGUGUAACAGUGUCAAGUAUCUGGGAUGCCAUUUGGACAAUAAACUUAAAUGGAGAAUGCACGUGGAGAACAUAUGUGGUAGAGCUAUGAGGGGAAUAAACUUGCUGAGGAGGUUGACAAGGGUUUGGUGGGGGUCCCACCCUACACUUCUGUUAAAUGUAUACAAGUCACUUGUUCGCCCCCAUCUGGAUUACGCCACAAUAUUUGUGGGAAGAUGCGCCCAAUCUUUGUAUAACCAACUUGACAGGGUCCAGUAUCAGUCUCUACGUAUAGCUUUGGGAUAUAUGCGUUCUACCCCAAUUAAUGUAAUGUUGGCGGAAAGUGGAGAGCCUCCCCUGAAAUAUAGGAGGAGAUGGCUGGCAUUUAAAUUUAUCAGCAGACUAUGUUAUGUUCAGAACCCGGGGAUGAUGAACUUAUUACAACAACUAAUCAGAUUUAAAGGAUUUUGGAACAAUAGGCCAAUCCCUGCAUUUGUCCAGGCCACCAAGGAGGUGCUGGAGAUUCUCCCAGAUAUAGACUCUUCCCCAAUUCUGCAUUGUUUUAAGUAUUCAAUACAGGUUCAUCACAACCCUAUACGGUAUGACACCAUGGGCCUAAGAAAAGAACAUGUAAACAAUGAACCCUUGUUCCAACAAAGAUUUCGUGAAAAGUUUGAGGGUUGUUUGGAAUUUUUUACGGAUGCAUCCAAGAAUGCUCAGGGAGGGGUAGGUAUUGGAGUUUUCUCGUCUACGGUCGGGUACUCGAUGUCGGAGGGUUUGCCAAAGUAUAUUUCUGUGUGCACGGCUGAGAUUGUUGCCAUAUACAGGGCUCUUCAGUACAUAUUUUCGCAGGAAAUAAAAUCAUCGGUGAUUCUUACAGACUCCAUGUCUUCUUUGCAAUCCAUAGCUUCGUGGUCUCUCAGUGCGGAUGUCAACCCUUUUGUGUUGAAGAUCAGAGCACUGAUACAUGAUAUACAAUGUAGGAAUUAUUCGACCAAAUUAAUAUGGAUACCUGGACACACCAAUAUUGUUGGAAACGAACGGGCAGACUCGCUUGCCAAAAUAGGUGCUAAUGGUCCACUUCAGACACAAAGGAUUAGGGCACACCCGCGUGAACACUGGCCAACAUACAAAAUGAAGAUAUGGAGAGAGUGGGAAAACGAGUGGCACGAUGUCAGCCGGCAAAAGGGUAGAAGAUAUGCCCAUUUGAGAACGAAAAAUAAAAUUACUCCAAAACCAUGGUUUGCAGAAUGUCUUCGUCUACCAAGGAAAGCCAUCACAACUAUAAAUAGAUUAAGAUCGGGUCAUUGUUGUUCCCCAGAGCAUUUAUAUCGAAUGAAGGUAUUGGAUAACAACAAUUGUGAGUGUGGAGAACAGGGAGAUUUGGAUCACAUCUUCUUCGGAUGUUCGAAUAAUACUGUUAAUUGUCAAACCUUGUACUCCACAUUAGUAAAAGAGUGCAAGGUCGCUCCACUAACGAUUUAUGAUUGCUUGUUAGAUUCAAACCUGAAAGAAACUACCAUUAACACAAUUGUAGCUUUUAUUUCAUCAUCUCAUAUUAGAUUGUAG